UGUCGGGCGAAGCAAGAUAUACUGUUUUCUUCUUUUUUUAUUUAGCUUGUUUGUUUAAAAUAGUGUCGAGAUGAAUCGUAUCUUCGGACGAGGGAAACCAAAAGGACCACCACCGAACCUCACGGACUGUAUAUCAGGUGUCGACUCGCGAGCAGAGUCCGUUGACAAGAAGAUAGCCAGACUUGAUGCUGAACUGAUGAAAUACAAAGAUCAGAUGAAGAAAAUGAGGGAUGGCCCAUCAAAGAACAUGGUGAAACAGAAAGCCAUGCGAGUCCUCAAACAGAAGAGAAUGUAUGAAGGGCAGAGAGAUCAGUUGACGCAGCAGUCAUUUAACAUGGAACAAGCAAACUACACCAUCCAGACACUAAAGGACACCAAGACCACUGUGGAUGCAAUGAAAGUUGGUGCCAAAGAAAUGAAAAAAGCAUACAAGAAUAUUAAAAUUGAUCAGAUAGAGGAUCUCCAAGACCAGAUGGAGGACAUGAUGGAAGAUGCUAGUGAAAUACAAGAAGCUCUUAGUCGCAGCUACGGGACACCAGACAUCGAUGAAGAUGACCUGGAGGCAGAACUGGAUGCACUUGGUGACGAACUCCUUAUGGACGAUGACAAUUCCUAUCUGGACGAGGCUUCUUCUGCUCCAGCUAUACCAGAGGGAGUGCCAGGAGACAGAACCGCUAACCGGGAUGGAGUACUGGUGGACGAGUUUGGCCUACCUCAAAUUCCAGCUACAUAAUGGAACAAAGUUACAAAAUUCUAAACCCUCAAAUGACUUGGACAAAUAUCUCGACACAUCAUCUGGAUCUACACAAGAUUAUAACCUUUUAAUGCUCCAUAAAGAAUCAAUCCAUGAUAGCUUUCACCAUUAAUCAUUGGGGUUAUUUUUUUUUUAUGUAUGUGGUAUUUUCUUCUGUGUAGAUUCUAUUGCUACGAUUUAUUUUCUAAAGGAGUUGAUACUUUGUACGGCAAUACACUUUCUUAUUCAAAGCAAAUAUAAAGAAAUUAUUAUAUGACAAUG